AGGAGCGUCCGGCUGCAGCCCAGGCCGCCGGGAUGGCGGCGCCGCAACCGUGCGCGGAUGGCUCCUGCUGCUCCCACCCCGGUGCGGUGCCCGGGGUACAGCAGACGCUGGAGGAGAUGGACUUCGAGAGGGGAAUCUGGUCGGCAGCCCUGAAUGGAGACCUGGGCCGAGUGAAGUAUCUCAUCCAGAAGGCCACGGACCCUAGCCAGCCUGACUCUGCCGGCUACACAGCACUGCACUACGCUAGCCGAAACGGGCACUACGCUGUUUGCCAGUUCCUGCUGGAAAGCGGAGCGAAGUGUGACGCCCAGACCCAUGGUGGGGCCACGGCUUUGCACAGGGCCAGCUACUGUGGGCACACAGAAAUUGCGAGGCUGCUGCUCUCCCACGGGUCCAACCCCCGCCUGGUUGACGACGAUGGCAUGACCAGUCUACAUAAGGCUGCAGAGAAGGGUCACGAGGACAUUUGCUUCCUCCUGUUACAACACAGCCCAGCCCUGAAGGCUGUCCGGGAUCGCAAAGCGCGGCUAGCAUGUGACCUGCUGCCCUGCAACAGCGGCCUGAGGGACCUGCUGGCCAGCUGAGGCUCCGCCCUCCUGUCUCCGGCUGCCCUUGAAGGGUACUCAGACUAGCUCUCCGCACCCCUACCUUGCUCAGCGUUAUGUUGCCGGGACCGCGGCCAGAAUGCCCGGAAGAGCCCUGUCUGGCCAGUGUGGCAGCCAGUAGGGAGGCUGAACACUUGUGAGCCCGGACAGGCGAUCAUAGAAGUUAGUCCAUGUAGAAACCUCUAUUCAUUGGGAAGAAAAUAAAGCUUAUAUCUUGACAUCA